AUGUCGGACCCUUCCCAAAAUGCCAACGAUUUGGCCAAGGACAUGAACAAUGCCUCGUUGAACGACAAACAGAACUUCAAUGCAGGAAACUCCCAAGCGUUCGUUCCUCUGGGUGGAUUUCAGGGAUACCAGCAAAACUACAAUGAUCAAUUUAAUCAGUACCAAAACCAGAACCAGUACCAAAACCAAAACCAGUACAACAACCAAUACGGCAACCAGUACAACAACCAGUACACCAACCAAAACCAGUACCAAAACCAGUACAACAACCAGUACCUGAACCAGUACAAUAACCAGUACAACAACCAGUACAACAACCAGUACAAUAGCCAAUAUGGAAACCAGUACAACAACCAAUACGGAAACCAAUACGGUGGCUACAACGCCCAACCUGCACAGGCCCCAGGUAUGUCCUUGGCCGAUUACCAGAAGCAACAGGCCUCUGCACUGGCCUCUUUGAACAAACCAAAGAAGACCUUGAAGUUGGCUUCCUCUUCCGGUAUCAAGUUGGCCAACGCAUCCAAGCCCGCCGAUAAGACCGAGAAGGCCGACGCCAAGGAGAAGACUCCUGCUGCUGAGCCAGCCGCCGAGUCCAAGGAGUCUACUCCAGCACCAGCUUCUGUCCCUGUGGAGAAGGCUGCACCAAAGAGCGAGCCAAAGGCCGCCGAGGAGCCAAAGGCCGCCACUACUGCCGCCGCCGCCGCUCCUGCUGUUUCCAAGCCGGUCGCUAAGGCCAAGGCUGCUACUCCUGCCAACAAGACCCCAGCUUCUACCAAGGAGUCUACCCCAGUGUCCUCUGCCGAUGUUGUUGCCAAAGAGCAGGAAGAAGAGGUCGACGAGGAGGUUGUCAAGGAUAUGUAUGGCGGAAAAGACCACAUCUCCAUCAUUUUCAUGGGCCACGUCGAUGCCGGUAAAUCCACCAUGGGUGGUAACAUCUUGUACUUGACUGGCGCUGUGGACAAACGUACCGUCGACAAGUACGAGAGAGAGGCCAAGGACGCCGGUAGACAGGGUUGGUACUUGUCCUGGGUCAUGGACACCAACAAAGAGGAGAGAAACGACGGUAAGACCAUUGAGGUUGGUAAGGCCUGCUUCGAGACCGACAAGAGAAGAUACACCAUUUUGGACGCUCCAGGCCACAAGAUGUACGUGUCUGAGAUGAUUGGAGGUGCCUCGCAAGCCGACGUGGGUAUUUUGGUCAUUUCCGCCAGAAAGGGUGAGUACGAGACCGGUUUCGAGAAAGGUGGUCAGACCAGAGAGCACGCCUUGUUGGCCAAGACCCAGGGUGUCAACAAGAUUGUUGUUGUUGUCAACAAGAUGGACGACCCUACUGUCAACUGGUCCGAGGAUCGUUACAAGGACUGUAUCACCAAGUUGGGUCUCUUCUUGAAGGGUGUCGGAUACUCCAAGGACGACGUCAUUUUCAUGCCUGUUUCCGGAUACUCCGGUGCCGGUUUGAAGGAGAGAGUCAACGCUAAAGAGUGUCCAUGGUAUACUGGCCCAGCUUUGUUGGAGUACUUGGACAGCAUGGACACCUUGAACCGUCUGAUGAACGCUCCAUUCAUGAUGCCAAUUUCCGGUAAAAUGAAGGACAUGGGUACCAUCGUUGAAGGUAAGGUCGAGUCCGGUCACCUUAAAAAGAACGCCACUGUGUUGAUGAUGCCUAACAGAACCCCUGUCGACGUUGUUGCUAUCUUCAACGAGACCGAGCAAGAGUGUGAGGCUGCCUUCUGUGGUGAGCAAAUCAGAUUGAAGAUCAAAGGUAUUGAAGAAGAAGAUGUGCAGCAGGGUUACGUGUUGACUUCUCCAAAGAACCCAGUCAAGACCGUGACCCGUUUCGAGGCCCAGAUCGCCAUUGUCGAGUUGAAGUCGAUCUUGUCCACUGGUUUCUCCUGUGUCAUGCACUUGCAUACUGCCAUUGAGGAGGUGUCUUUCCUCGAGUUGAAGCACAAGUUGGAGAAGGGAACAAACAGAAAGUCGAAGAAGCCACCUGCAUUUGCCAAGAAGGGUAUGAAGAUCAUCGCUGUGUUGGAGGUCAACGAGCCUGUCUGCGCUGAGACCUACGCUGACUACCAGCAAUUGGGUCGUUUCACCUUGAGAGAUCAAGGUACCACCAUUGCCAUUGGUAAGAUUACCAAGUUGUUGUAA